CUUCUCUUAGACAAAACAAUUAAAGAAAAUAAAAAUAGGUCAAAUCCAACACCAUUUCUUGACUUACCUCAAUUCUUUCGUUCUUUCUAUUUUUAUGUUCUCCUUCCUCUCUUUUGGGUGCCUCCUUAGUCCUUUCUUUUUUUUCUUUCUUCUGAUUCCUCAGAUUCAUUCUUCAUCAUUUUCUUCCCCUUCCCAACACCACCCUAAACUAUUUUCCCCCCUCUCUCUUAAUUUUUUGUUUUUUUUUUUUCAAUUUGGUUUGAAUAAUUUCCCCUUUUGGAAAGUAAAAACCCUUGGAUUUUUUUCCCUGUUCUUGGCUCAGUGAGAAACUACUUGAACUGAAGUUGCUUCUCUAACUGCUGAUUUGCUCGCUGCAACUCUCUACCUUGCUUGGUUGACUCAAGGAAUAUAAUACUUUGGAAGAAGGAGAAGAGAAAAUGGUUCGAGGGAAGACUCAGAUGAGACGCAUAGAAAAUGCCACAAGCAGGCAAGUGACGUUUUCAAAGCGCCGCAAUGGGUUGCUUAAGAAAGCGUUUGAGCUUUCUGUUCUUUGCGAUGCUCAGGUUGGUCUCAUCAUCUUCUCUCCAAGAGGCAAGCUUUAUGAAUUUGCAAGCUCAAGCAUGCAGGAGAUAAUUGAAAGAUAUCGCAAGCAUACAAAGGAUACUCCACCAGCAGCCAAAUCAGCUGAACAGAAUGUGCAGCAGAAUUUGAAGCAAGAAGCAGCAACCUUGAUGAAAAAGAUUGACAUUCUUGAAGCCGCAAAAAGGAAAUUCUUGGGAGAAGGUUUAGGGUCCUGCAGCAUUGAAGAACUGAUCCAGAUAGAACAACAAUUGGAGAAGAGUGUAAGCAUUGUUAGAGAAAGAAAGACUCAGCUUUACAAGGAACAAAUUGAGCAACUAAAAGAAAAGGAAAAAGCCCUAAUGGAUGAAAAUGCCAUGCUCUAUGACAAGUGUGAUAAUAUGGUUCAAAAUCUAGCAACAAAUAAAACAAAUAAUAAGGAUCAGAGAGAGAAUCAAGCUCAACCCUAUGCAGAAAGUAGUAGUCCAAGUUCAGAUGUGGAGACCGAAUUGUUCAUUGGACUUCCUGAAACAAGAACAAGGCGCAUGUCUCCUACAAAUUAAUUAAAAUUAAGUUCUCUAUGAUGAUUGUUGGAACUAAUCCAUCCCUAUGCAAAAGUAUGUAUAGAAUAAUAAGGGUAAUUAACCCAAAAUUAACCUUAUCAUUAAUGUAUAUUAGAAAUGUGCUUCUUUAUUCUGCUCUAAUAGAGAUAAGAUAAUAAUAGUGAUGACUAGAGUGCUUUGUUUGAUGCUAUAUCCUCAAACAUAUGUUUGGAGUUUGAUUAUUAUAUGACAAGUUGUAAUGGCAAAUGCCUAAUGGAACUCUGAUUCAAAUUAAAUUCCUGAAUUCACUAUUAUAUGAGUGCAGUAUUAGGAUAA